CGUAGAGCCGCCCGAGUGUCAAAUGACAGCUGUUGCGUCGUACCACUGAUUCUACGCCGUAGCGUCGAAAACGCCGGCUCGCACACUUUAGACUUUUGGCCGAGUGUAAUUACGCGCCGUGGGAUAUACGCCAGCAUGAAACGCUCCGUUAUCCUUCUAUUGCUUUUAUCACUUAUCCACGGUAACCUGACGACGGCGUUAGAAAAUACAACUGCCGUAUCAGUGUCUGACGGCGUCAGAAUAAACGUAUCUUUAUGGAAUAAUCAUGAGAAUGACGUAAUUAAACAACGAAUAAGUUUAGCCCCAUUUACUCGCUUAACCAUCACUGUGACCGAGGUUCCAUCGGAUAUUUGGUUUAUUGUUUUACAAAUUCAUACAUUUCAAUACAAUGCCACGUUAUCUUACGACAAAGCGCUACUUGAUAAAGUGUCGGACAGAAGUUUAUUCGGAUCAAACAUUGGUUUGUAUGUAAAAACGCACGAUGUAACAGCCCCGAUCCAGGUAUUCUUGGAGCACAACAACGUGCACAAUCUCGAUGCAUUGCUCGUGAUUGUUACGUACGGUCGAAAUGCGCCGAUACCCGGUGGCUGUAACAUGGAAUUCGAUAUCGAAGUGUCGCCGUAUCAAAAGCUUCAUACGGAAAACGGCAUGAUAAUAGUAGACACGCAGCCAGCCUCGAUUCUCGCACCUAACGGUUCAUCGGUCCCCUGUGAAAAAAGCUCGCUGCAGUACAAGAUGUACCGUCUUUAUCUGCCUAGGCAAGACUUCACUCUGGAUACAUAUUUCAAUGCGAUCGCGAGUAUGCUGACCGCGCAAGACAUUGCACGGAACGGCGACGAGAUACCAGCAGGCUCUCAUACGAGUAAUAUGAGACGUAUCUACAGUGCGUUCACCGGCACGGGAUCAGUUUAUGCCGCAGUUGCUACUUACAGAAAUUACUCAUCGGCUUACAUCCCGAUCUUUACGUACGCUUGCAAUCCUCUGCUCUAUCCGGAGAGUUGUCAAGUUUUAAAUGACGUAUACGCGGAGGUGUUUUGCGCGCUGGUCCUGAUGAUUGGUUGUUUGUCAGUUAUUAUAGGGCAUAAAUACGUUUGUAUAGAUUAUUUUAUAUCGAGCUGUAUACUAGAGGGCAUUUUGGGAUACAUGCUGGGUACAUACUUGCACCUUAGCACCACAAUCAGCAUCGUGAUAGGUAUGACAUUUGUGGUCUCGUCCACUGUUUUCAAGACUUUUUUUAUACCAUUAUGGAGUGUAUCAUUAGGAUUCUUAUGUGCGUGCAUCGUAUAUCUUUAUGCUCCAGCGCAAAUGUUUUAUAUGUUGGAGAACAAUUGGUUAUUUUGGCCAAUGUUCGUAACCCUGAUAUUUCUGAUAAUCGCAUUUCUGGCGACGAUGUCCUAUGUCGCUGAAUUGAUGGCACGUGCGAUUUUCGGAUCUUAUUUCAUAGUCGUCGCGGUCGAUUACUACGCCGGAAGUAAUUUGAAAUAUAUUAUUAUUACUAUAAUCAGGAGAGUAACUAUACCCGGAUUUGAACUAGCGUUCGUAUAUCCGCCAUUUCAAGGUGCAGAUCUAACUUUAGUAAUUAUCUGGGCUGUUUUAAUAAUAGCACGAUUCAUUAUUCAAAUGUGUGCUUAUUUACGUGAGAUUAAAUUGAACACAGAAAGAACGCCUUUGCUGCCUGACUCUGAUUAUUCUUCUCAAAGACGUACAAGAGCUUCUGGCCACUAUUGGCGUCGACAUUACUACUUUUAUAUACGUUAAUAUUAUAUUUAAUCUAAGUAACAUUAAUUAUUAUCUUGCGUAACGAUUUUGACAUCGAAAUUUUUGCAAAGCUUUUCAAAUUUGUCGCUUUAUAGUAAAAUUAAUUAUAUAAUUGUGUUUAUUUUUAUUAAAGACUGAUUUAAGUCGCAAGUUUUAGUUGAUAACUUACCUUGUAUAAGUAGAUGUAAGUAUCAUACAAACCUGUUUCCUUCUUCGUACUACCUUAAAUAUUAAAAUGUGAUAUUUUCUUUAAACAGGACAUGAAGUCUCACGUAGCAAUAAUGCACAACAUUUAGAUUUUUUUCUUUAAUAUAAAACUUUUAUUUUUGUUAAAUAAUCGUGACGUUUUCAUGUUAAUAUGUACAACAAAACGCAUUUUAUUUAUUUUUCUUUUUUUUACAAAACUUUAUUAAAGUAUUAUUAUAUAAUUGUGAAAAUAAUAUACGUAAUGUUGUGCAGCAUUACUACAAAUAUUUUACUACGUACUGUGUAUUUUUUAUAUGUAUGUUUUUUCUGAUAUAUUUUUAGUAUUCUGCAAUAGAUUCUAUGUUAUAAGAGCUUACUCAAUGUUAAUGUGGAAUAUGAUGUUACGAAUAAAGAAUGAUGAUUUGGCAUUAAAA